CAUUGGCUAUGGGCAACCACCUGUCCUGCUCUUUUACCUCGAACUCAUAGGCGAGGCCAGAGCCGUGUGGGUCCUGAGGGUCGUUCAUCUGUGCUUCAUCGUCGGGUGAUUGUACACCUGGCUCGACAUCCUUUGGAGGCGAUUGAGGGGAGUCCGACAUAUUUGGCUACCUGCAGCGGGUGGUAGCUUUUGUAAAAUUUUCUUGGACUGCCAGCUCGCACACAGCUGGUUACAAGGUAGAGAUGAUGUGUCCCUGCCUCUGACACGUUGCAAAGGUAGGGCUUGCAACUCUGAAGAGCGGCUUAGUUGUUCCCGUGUCCCGCGUUCCGCGUUUGGUAAGCCCUGUCUCUCGCGAACUUUUUCAGGCUAUGACGGAAUCUGCAGUUGGCAGAAACGGUUAAGGAAUAUAUUUGAUGUGAUAUGUAUGGAUUGGAUGUAAGGAUGCGUAUGCAAAGAGCCUGGUCUUGGUAUACUGUACUAUACCGUAGCGUCUCGUGUAGUGUGUAGUGUGUGCAGUGUGUGAGUGUGCGUGUGUGUAGUGUGUUGUAGUGUGGUGGUGUUUGGUGUACGGUACAAAGGCAGACGUGACUUUUGUGUGGAUUGAUUUGAUGGAGAUUGUGGAUGUAGGAAGGAAUGGGCAGGAUGCGAUCUGGGUUACGAGAGUACGUACUUUACCUAACGCUGGGUCCGGCUUUGCAUUGGGAAGAGCGGGGUGCUUUUUGUGGGCCACUCCUCUCUUCAGUAGACGCCGAGGGUUGCGUUACUUAGGAGACCCGCUGUUUCCCUCUUACAUCGUCUUAUUUCCUUCAACCGUAGCUUCCUUGUACUGUAGCUUCUACUAUGUACAGUAUGGACGUCUAUUAUAAUACCUCUUAGCGCUCGACAGCGGCUAUCCGG